AUGGUCGAGAAGCUCGUAUCGGAGCCUAAGCCGCACGAGUACGCUCUCGUGGUGCGCCAGCUCACCAAGUCGUUCGGGCCAUGCCGUGGCGUCAACAACGUCAGCUUUGCGCUCAAGCGUCGCCAGUGCCUGGGAAUAAUCGGCGUGACCGGGUCUGGCAAGACGAAGCUGAUGCAGCUGCUGACCGCCACGUCCAAGUGCUCGUCGGGCUACGCCUACAUCGGCUCCUGGUCGCUGCUGCGCACGCCCACGGAGUACGCCUCCAACAUCGGCUACUGCCCCGAAGCGCUCGGCCUGCCCGAACACCUCACCGGCCGUGAGAUAAUCGAGCUCAUCUGCGUGCUGCGCGGCUACCGGCUGGAUGACACGGCGACGAUGGCCAAGAACCUUCUGCAAGUCAUGGAGCUCUCCAAGGUGGCCAACGUGAUCGCGAAGAAUUACACUCCCGGCGACAAGCGGAAGCUGAGCAUCGCGAUCGCCCUGGCGGGACUGCCGAGCGCAAUCCUGCUCGACGAGCCGAGCACGGGUGUCGACGUCGCAGCCCGGGCGCAAAUCCGGCGCAGCCUGAGCAUCAUCCGCGAGGCGGCCGACUGCGCCAUCCUGCUCACCUCCAACAAGUUCGUGCGGCCCCUAUACGAAGCUGUCGACGGGGAAGGACCUGGGCAAACUGUCUAUCAACACUGCGUCCGGAUACUCCAGCGGAAUGAGCCCUCCAAUGGCGACGACUACAAGAACGCAUGCGUCGAAAGGGUGGUGAUGGAGACGUUGCAUGUCAAUUGACAUCUUGUCAAGUUGUUUUUGGUUGCUCUGAGAAGUGGACAAUGGCGACAAUACGCUGACAGUGUUCGUGCUUCUUGUGUGUGUGUGUUUGUGCGAUGAAGUUUUCACCACCUGCAUGACAGCAUUCUAUGCUUCGUUCUUGUAUAACACCUUCUACAAUAAAGUUUCAUC